UAACUUCCCCGCUUGAAUAUAUUAAUGCGCAUAUUCUCUCCUCCUCUCUCUCUCGUUUUCUCUCUCUCGCCCCCCUUCUCUCGUCUGCUCCCUCGCCCCCUCUCCGUCUCUCUCUCUCUCUCUCUCCCUCCCUGUCUUCCCUCUCUUUUUCAUUCUCUCACUCGCUCCAUGUCAGAGUCUCGCACAGAGAGCCGUGCCCGUGCUGGGAUGCAGGAAGCCAAUGGGACGAGGAGCGGGUAAUAGAUGCAGAUGAUGGUGAAAAGACACGGCAAAAUAUGAAACAACUCAUUUGCUGCGGAGUAAAUCACGGAAAAGUGUUGGUGAACUGGCAGCCUGUACCGGAACUGUGAUGCAGGAGCAACACUGCCGACGCGCUUUGCAUGGAAUCUGAGCGUGGCUGCUAUAGUACAACGCGACUAUUUCAAAAGAGUGCAUCAAAGCGGCUAAAAUAUACAUUCACCUCUGGAGAGCCACGCAUGGUCUAUUUUUUCUUCUCGAGCUUCGCCGAGCCUUGUUGUUCUCGUCCACAGCCAGAGUCAUAACCCUCAUCAUCACUGACAACAACAAACAACAAAACAACACCAGCAGCAACGUCGUCAAACAAAGAUGAGUUCCUAUUUUGUAAACUCUCUGUUUUCGAAAUAUAAAAGUGGCGACACAUUACGCCCCAACUACUACGAGUGUGGCUUUGCACAGGACCUUGGAAGUAGACCCACCGUGGUAUAUGGACCAGGCACCGGAGCAACUUUCCAACACGCUCCCCAGAUACAGGACUUCUAUCACCACGGCGCGUCCACGCUGUCUGCCACCCCCUACCAACAGAGUCCGUGUGCCGUCACAUGCCAUGGAGACCCAGGCAACUUCUACAGCUACGAUGCCCUCCAGAGGCAGACACUCUUCGGUGCCCAGGACGCCGACCUGGUCCAAUACAGCGACUGCAAGCUGGCCGCGGCUGGCAUGGGAGACGAGACGGAGAGCACCGACCAGAGUUCCUCGCCGACGCAACUCUUCCCGUGGAUGCGGCCACAAGUAGCUGCCGGACGGAGGCGAGGCCGCCAGACCUACAGCCGCUACCAGACACUGGAGCUGGAGAAGGAGUUCCUCUUCAACCCCUACCUCACCCGCAAGCGUCGCAUCGAGGUAUCGCACGCCCUGGGACUGACCGAGAGGCAGGUCAAAAUCUGGUUUCAGAACCGGCGGAUGAAGUGGAAAAAGGAGAACAAUAAGGACAAGUUUCCCAGCAGCAAAUCUGAACAGGAGGCAAUCGAGAAGGAGAAGAGGGAAAAGGAGCUGGGCAUUGGAUCACAGUCUGGAGAGGAGGAUGGCGACAAAGCUAAACAGAUGUAACAAAAGAAGAAGGACGCAAAAAAGAGACAUUUGGGUUCUGGAUGUUGAGGGGGAUUGGGGUGUUGGAAACGUGACAGUCUUCUGGUGGUCACUACAUGUUUCAAUCGACAAGAUGGCCUCACAUGGCGUCUGACAGGACGAUAAACAUGAACAUGUUGUGUUUACCACAAAAUCAUGAUGGCAGGAAGGGGUCAAACAUUUCUAGCCUACUUUUUACCUGACAUUCACAAAAUGUUAUAGGCCUAGUGUCUAAGAUAGAUUCCUGACUUUGUGGAACAAUGAUCGUGGGAAAAAAAGAUUUUAUGUUGUUAGACUAUUGUCAUUAACAAUUUAAUUGGCAGCUGUACAGACUUUUAAGUUAAAUGGUGCACUUAUGACUGUCCUCACGUAGCCUAUAUGUUAUGAUGACGUAGCAGAGUAAUUCCAACAACAUGAAACUGCCUAUUUAUGCCGUAGAUUUCCUCUCUUUUACACUUGUCCACUCUUAGUUUGGUUUAAUUGAUGGUAUUUUGUUGUCUUCCUUUUUCGGGUAAGCAUGCGCACAGUUGAAGAAAAUGAAUUUAAAAAAUAAAAAUAAAAAAAUGAAUAAAAGUACCCUAAAUGAUGUCACGUGACCCCUCGUUUUAACUGUGAAACAGAAUGUGUACUGUACUCGUGAAUUAGUUUAUGAGGACUUGAUGAUAUGCUUUAUUGUUCUUCAUCACUUUGUUCUAUUGUCUAAGCUGGGGAGAGGGGGAGCGGAGGAAGAGGGGGCACAAUAAA